UGCUGCGCUACGAGAGGAGAGGCUGCAUGCAGCUCGGCGCAAAAAUCCUCGAACUCACCGGCGACUAGUGAUCGAGGAGGCAGGAAAUCACCGGGGGGAGGAGAUCAUGGCGGCGAGCUGGUGGAGGAUGAGCCCUGCGGCGAGGGAGACGUCGCGCCACGUGUCGCUCUGCCUGUGGCUCGCGCUCGUCGCCGCCACCCUCGCGCUCGCCCAGGCGAAUGAAUCAGAGGCCGAAUUGACCAAGGUCACCACCAAGGUCUAUUUCGACAUCACGAUCGAUGGCAAGCCGGCAGGUCGGAUUGUCAUGGGGCUAUUUGGAGACACUGUUCCUAAAACAGCAGAGAACUUCCGAGCAAUUUGCACAGGUGAGAAGGGAAUUGGCAAGAGUGGCAAACCUCUCUACUACAAGGGAACAACAUUCCACAGGAUCAUCCCAGGCUUCAUGAUUCAAGGGGGUGACACCGCAAACGGUAAUGGAACAGGCAGCGAUUCGAUCUACGGCUCAAUGUUCGCUGACGAAAACUUCAAGAUCAGCCACUCUGCGCCAGGAUUUCUGUCCAUGGCCAACGCUGGCAAAGAUACAAACGGAUCGCAGUUCUUCAUCACCACCGUAAAGCUAACCCGGUUGGACGGGAAGCAUGUUGUGUUUGGCAAGGUGCUUUCUGGGAUGGACGUUGUCUACAAGAUUGAAGCUGAAGGCAGUCAGUCUGGUACUCCAAAGUGCAGAGUCGUCAUAUCAGACAGCGGCGAACUGAAGUGAUGUUCCAUUAAUUGAAGCUUAAUAACGAGCUAUUUAUUCACUCUGAAGCUUAAUAAUGAGUAGUACGUAUGGCACGUAAUUAGUGCCUUGUUUGUUUUUUUUGUAAAGACUGCCUUGUUUGGUUUGGAGCCUGUUUCAUGGGUGACCUGCUUGUGUAAUUGUUGUACAAUCCGAGGGUUGCACCUAACCAAAUUGACAAUUUGUUUGGUUCCUUGAAUA